AUUUGGAUUAUUUUAGCUCUGGGCUCUGGUUGUGUUGUGAGACUACACAUUAACACAGAGCACGAGUAGAGGUCAACAAAGUCGAUUGAGUUGUUAAGGUUUGAAAUCGUGCAUUUGAAAUACCCAAUUUCAGAGACACAUCCGUGCUUACAGUUUUUUCUCCUCUCUCAAACCAGGGAAAGGGAAAGGGGGAAAGGGAAAGGGAAAGAGAACGGGAAAGGGAAAGGGAAAGGGAAAGAGAAAGGGAAAGGGAAACACUUCACUUCUCUCACUCUUCUUCUGCCUUCUUUCUCAAUCCCUAGUAACAAGUCUUCAACAUUCCAAAUCUUUUUCUUUUCAUCUCUUUCAAAAUUCAUAUUUUCCAAUUCUUUUUGAUUGUUGCCUCUUCAUCUGCUAUUCGUUACCUAGGUUUUUUUUGGGGCAUGCGAUAACCUUAUUAGUUGGAUCAGACAAACUGUAUCGAUGAGUAUAUUUGAUGCCUGACAAUGGAGAUCGUCAGCGUGGAAUAGUCGAAGCUACUCAGAGGUUUUAUUCCUUAUUUAGUGGAUGGAUAUGUGGCUUAAGUUUUAGACAAUUUACUACUCUGGUUAAAUCUCUUUCAUACUAUAACUCUUCUAAGGAACAAGGAAACCCUAGUUCUUAUCAGAACAGAAUGGUGGAGACCAUUGAUAUUUCUUCAGGUUCUGACACAGAUUUUAGCUGGUCAUCAGACGAUGACGCUGAAACUGAUGUGCAAAUUACAGGAAACUCUAAACCUGAAACCUCCAUUCACACCGGGCGGAAACUACCUUCAAGUUUUAUGGAGCAACCUCGAGGGCCGCCUUCAAAAAAGGGUAACUACUCCCAUGCUGGCUACCAUUCGCAGGGUGAAUCUAAUCCCAGUACCAGCUAUGGAACUGGAAAUCAUUCUCGAAAUUCACGCCUUGUCUUAGGAAAUGGAAGUAGUUUUAAUCCCAAAAUGGAUGAUGAAAGGUCUUACUGGAAUAAUUCCUCACGCCCUCGUGAUUUAGAUUAUGAGAAGGAUCCAAAUAAGAGGAUCCUUCCUACUUCCAUUUCUUCUGGGUCAGGUUCUAAGAAAAUAUAUUCGUUGGAUAAUUUAAGCAGCAAUCGAGGGUUCUUCAGUAGGGUUAAUGGUGACAAUGCUUCUAUGGAUCAUAAUCAUCUUCGUAUACUUCCUUAUACCUUGGAUCGUGGCAAGCCUGGUUCCUCGACAGACUAUACAACUGCAAGUGAUCCCUUCCAAAAUAUGGGGUUCGGGGAAGAGAGAGUUAUAGGAGAUGAGAGAGUGAUUUUUCAAGCAGCACUACAGGAUCUUAGUAAGGGUCAGGGAAAAGCUGAACUUGAUGUACCUCAAGGGGUCUUAUCUGUCCCACUACUGAGACACCAGAAAAUUGCACUUGCGUGGAUGGUUGAGAAGGAGUCAAGAACUAUGCACUGUUUGGGUGGGAUUCUUGCAGAUGAUCAGGGACUGGGUAAGACUAUUUCUACGAUUGCGCUGAUACUAAGACAGUUGCCUGCCCAGAUUAAAUCAAAAUCGGAGAAAGACAUUCAAUAUGCUGAAGCUUUGAAUUUGGAUGAUGAUGAUGAUGACAAUCAAGGAAAUCCUAAUAAUGGGCCGGGAAAAUCAACAGAGGAUUUUAAUAGCAAACCUGAAACUUUAAUUUUGGACGAAGAUGAUGAUAAUGGAAAUGCUAUUAUUGAUCUAGUAAAGGAAGUUGAGGAUAGUGUUGAUUCACACUCUAAUGCAGCUUCUAGUUCUUCUCAGACAUUAAAGCGUAAGAGGCCAUCUGCAGGUACUUUGAUUGUGUGUCCAGCUACUGUUUUGAGGCAGUGGGCUAGGGAGUUAAAUGAAAAAGUGUCUUGGAAAGUGAAGCUCAAUGUUUUGGUGUACCAUGGAGGCAGUAGGACCAAAGACCCUGCUAAGCUGGCAGAGUAUGAUGUUGUGCUUACAACUUAUGCUAUAGUUACGAAUGAGGUUCCUAAACAACCUCUUGUUGACGAGGAUGAUGUUGAGCAAAAAGGAGAGAGGUAUGGACUAUCAUCUGACUUUGUUGGUAAGAAGAGGAAACAUCCAUCUACAACCAGUAAAAAAGGGAAAAAAGGAAAGAAACUAGCUGAUAGCUCAGAUAGUCAGGCUGGUGCACUUGCCAGAGCAAAUUGGUUUAGGGUGGUGCUAGAUGAAGCACAAACUAUAAAAAAUCAUAGAACACAAACAGCUAGAGCAUGCUGUGGAUUAAGGGCGAAAAGAAGGUGGUGUUUAUCUGGAACUCCGAUACAAAAUUCAGUUGAUGAAUUGUACAGUUACUUCAGGUUUCUUCGACAUCACUUAUAUUCUAAUUACAAAAGCUUUUAUGAAGGCAUAAAAAGUCCAAUUUCCAGAGAUCCAAAUAUUGGUUACAAGAAGCUUCAAGCGGUACUGAGCACAUUAUUGCUGCGGCGUACCAAAGAAACAAAACUUGAUGGAGAGCCUAUUAUAAACUUACCUCCAAAAUAUAUAAAGAUGAAAACGGUGAAGUUCACUGCAGAGGAGCGGUCCUUUUAUGCCCAAUUAGAAGCUGAAUCACGUUCCCAAUUCAAGGCUUAUGCUGCUGCUGGAACAGUCAAUCAGAACUAUGCCAACAUUCUUUUGAUGAUUUUGCGCCUCCGCCAAGCAUGUGAUCACCCGCUUCUCGUGAAAGGUUUUGGUUCAGACUCUGCUAGAAGAACAAAUAUGGAGAAGGCUAGGAACCUUCCAAGCCAUGUGUUGCUGAAAUUAUUAAAUCAUUUGGAAGCGGCCUCUGCUAUCUGUCUUAUUUGCAGUGACCCAGCUGAAGAUGCAGUUGUUACCCUGUGUGGGCAUGUUUUCUGUUACCAAUGUGUGGCAGAUUAUCUUAAUGGUGAUGACAAUCUGUGCCCUGCUCGCAGAUGCAAGGGACAAUUGAGUGCUGAUGCUCUCUUUUCAAAGGCUACUUUGAAAGCUUGUGUUUCUGGUGAUGACGAUGAAAGUAAUUUGAAUGAAAAUGGUAGUUCCAACAAUUCAUCAAUUCUUAGUUGUGAGUAUAGUUCCUCCAAAAUCAAAGCGGCACUAGAGAUACUGCUUUCUCACAAUAAAUUAAACAGUCAACAUGUGGAUCUUGAGGAGUUGGUGGACACAGACGCAGAGAAUAAUGUGUCAGCACAAGUGAGAACUGAGAAAAUGGAAAAUUCAUCUUCUCAAGGACCAAUCAAAACCAUUGUCUUCUCCCAGUGGACUCGUAUGCUGGAUUUAUUUGAGCUAUCUCUUAAUGAACAUUGCAUCCAAUACCGGAGGCUUGAUGGUAGUAUGUCUCUUGCUGCAAGAGACCGGGCUGUUAGAGAAUUCAAUACCGAUCCUGAGGUUACUGUAAUGUUGAUGUCUCUAAAAGCCGGAAAUCUUGGCUUGAACAUGGUUGCAGCUUGCCAUGUUAUCCUAUUAGAUCUUUGGUGGAAUCCGACUACAGAAGACCAAGCAAUUGAUCGAGCACAUCGUAUUGGCCAAACUCGGCCUGUUACAGUGUCAAGGAUUACAAUCCAAGAAACUGUUGAAGAUCGUAUUUUAGCUCUCCAGGACGAGAAGAGGAAGAUAGUGGCAUCUGCAUUUGGUGAAGACCAUAUCGCUGGUUCUGGAGCUCGACUCACCAUUGAAGAUCUUAAAUAUAUAUUUCUCGGCAGUUGAGCUAUGUAACAAAGUUUAUUGGCUGGUUCAUUUUCCGGAUUGCCCCACUCCAUCAUAGUUGGUUGCACUGCUAUCCUUUGGUAGUUUCCAGCUAUGGGUUUUGGUUGUUCAGGUGGCAAUCUUUAGGUUAGUCUUUUUCAUCUUUGAACAGAACAUUUUGUUGGUAGCAGCUACAUGUAGUUGUAUGUAAAUAUUUAAAUUUGUUCUUUUUAAAUGUUAGUGGUAGUUACAUUUCGGUGGUGUUA